AUGGCCCACGUCUUCAGCGCUCCAGGAAAGGCCCUCUUAGCUGGAGGCUACUUGGUUAUUGAUCCUGAGUAUGAGGCCUAUGUUACUGCUCUUUCCUCGAGAAUGCACGCCUACAUUGAUCUGAACGAGUCGCAAGAGGCUCGAAUUCACAUCAGCUCACCACAGUUUCACGGAGAGUGGGAGUACUCGGUGGAUUUAGACGGCGAUGUUCCACGGUUUUUGGAAAAGCAGGGUAGAUCGAAUCCUUUCAUAGAAGCCACCGUGAAGACAGUUCUCAACUACAUUCAGCCUACAACAGGAUUCGAUAUUCGCAUCACCUUAUUUUCUGACCCGGGAUACCACACAACCAAGGACACAAGCGUGAAGAGAUCACAGAAUGGCAAAAGGGUAUUCUUGUUCCACCAAAGGGCCAUAGAGGAGGUUCCAAAGACAGGAAUGGGAUCAUCAGCAGGGUUGGUGUCGCUGAUUACCGCUGCACUUCUCAGUCACUUCAUCAAGCAGCCACUUACCAACUUGAGAAACACGAUUCACAAUGUGGCCCAGAUCGCGCAUUGUGAAGCACAAAAGAAAAUUGGCUCCGGUUUCGAUGUUGCAGCAGCCGUCUUUGGCUCUAUUAUUUAUAGAAGGUUUAAGCCCGAUUUGUUCAAUCAUCUACUUGGUAGAGAUCUGACGCCUGAGUUGUGCAAGGAACUUCGUGAGGUGGUGGAUGCCAAUUGGGAAUUCAAUCACGUUCCAUGCUCUCUUCCGCAAGGCAUAAAAUUGCUCAUGGGCGACGUUCACGCCGGUUCGGAGACUCCAAAACUCGUGUCUAAGGUUCUUGCUUGGAAAAACAGCCAUCCAGAGAGUGCCAUCCUCUACGAACAGCUCAAUCAAGGCAAUAAGGCUUUUGUGAAAGCUUUGGAACAAUUACAGGCUUUGAGUGGAACUCGCAGAGAUUACGACUCAUUGUUAUUAGACCCGGCAACUCUUGAGCUGCUCAGAAGAGCGAUUGCACAAAUAAGAAGAGGUUUUCAAGACAUAACAAAGCAUUCAGGAGCAGAAAUUGAACCACAAGAACAAACUGAAUUGCUUGAUAGGUGUGAUACAUUACCUGGAUGCGUGGGAGGAAUGGUCCCAGGAGCUGGUGGCUAUGAUGCAAUUUGUGUGCUUGUAUUGGAAAAGGAACUAUAUAAGUUCAAGAAAGCUACCGAGGAAGAUGACUACUUCCGUCGAGUAACAUGGCUUGAUCUCUCGGAGGAGUCUGCUGGAUUGCUAGAGGAGGAUCCUCGAAAUUACGCAGGUUUGAUAAAUCUGGUCUGA